UUCCUGAUAUAAUCUUCUUCCUCCGUUCCUUCUCUUUUCAGCGUCCUGGGAAAUCCAAGGUUGCGGGUUCGAACCACGUCCGCGCCAGGUUUUGGACAAAUAUCCUUGCGCUGCAGUGAAUCUAAAGUUUCACGACCGACCGACGCACAGUGCUGCUGAGGAUUCGUACGCGAGAAAGAGUUGCAGCGCCGACGCCGACCGAGGAGGUAGGCCGGAAAGGGGGGGGGCGGAUUACGAUAGAAAUUUUGGAGCAAUGUUUUGAAGAUUUUGCUUUCAGACCUACAGUUUACAGGGUCUUGCUUCGGCCGUUCCUGUAUCAGAGCUUUUGGAGCGUUGAUUAAGUGGUUGUGGCCGUUUGAUCGAUCUUUGUGGCUCUAGAUCUGUUAGUUCAAGGUGUUUUGGGCUAGCGGCCCCUUUUUCUGUGAGGAGCUUUGUAAGACUGAGGCCAAAUGUAAGUUUUGGGCAAGUUUAAGGGGUUUCAUACUUUUCCGAUAACGUGCUUGCAGCAUUUUUAAAGGGAAAAGGAAAAUAAAGUUUCUCGUAGACUAUGAAAAGAGAAUUGUCAAACUCUUUGUCGGAGGAGUAAAAGUUAUUUAAGGUCUUGUUCGGGGACAAAAUAUUGAGGCAGCAAUGACUUCGCUCAGCAGAGAGCUCGUUUUUCUUAUUCUGCAGUUUCUGGAUGAGGAGAAAUUCAAGGAAAGUGUUCACAAGUUGGAGCAGGAGUCGGGAUUUUUCUUCAACAUGAAGUAUUUUGAGGACCAGGUCCUGAGCGGGGAGUGGGAUGAGGUUGAGAGAUACCUCUCUGGUUUCACCAAAGUUGAUGACAAUCGGUAUUCGAUGAAGAUAUUUUUUGAAAUCAGGAAGCAGAAAUAUUUAGAAGCAUUGGAUAAGUCAGACAGAGCCAGGGCAGUAGAAAUAUUAGUAAAAGACUUGAAAGUAUUUUCUUCAUUCAACGAGGAACUGUACAAGGAGAUUACACAACUCCUCACCUUAGAUAACUUCAGAGAAAAUGAACAGCUUUCGAAGUAUGGGGAGACCAAAUCAGCUAGAAACAUUAUGUUAUUAGAACUCAAAAAACUUAUAGAAGCUAAUCCCCUGUUUCGAGAGAAGUUGCAAUUUCCUGGGCUUAAAGCAUCUCGAUUGCGGACACUUAUCAAUCAAAGUUUGAAUUGGCAGCAUCAGCUCUGCAAAAACCCAAGGCCUAAUCCUGACAUAAAAACCCUUUUUGUUGAUCAUAAUUGUGGACAACAAAAUGGAGCACGUCCCCCACCGCCUGCAAACAAUUUUAUGGGAGCAUUUGCUAAAGCAACACCAUUUCCCCCACCAGUAACUAGUCAUACUCCAUUCCAGCCAACGCCUAGCAAUCCUUCUAAUUCCCUUACAGGUUGGAUGGCUAAUCCUGCCCCUGUGGUCCAUCCUGGUCUGUCGGCAGGACCUGUGGGACUUAGUACUGGAACAAAUGCAGCUGCUCUUGUUAAGCGUCCAAGGACCCCUCCAGUAAAUACUCCAACAGUUGAUUAUCAAUCUGGGGAUUCUGAGCAUCUCUUGAAACGAGCAAGGCCAAGUGCCCAGCCAGGCGAGGAGGUUAGUUAUCAUGGGACAAAUCAUCUUCAAUGCAUGUACUCACAAGAUGAUCUCCCUACGAAUGUAGCUUCAACUUUAAGCCAGGGAUCUUGCAUAAUGAGCAUGGAUUUUCACCCUGUGCACCAAGCUAUACUCCUAGUGGGUACAAAUGUGGGUGACAUAAGUAUAUGGGAACUGGGUUCACGGGAAAGAUUGGCUUCCCGAAAUUUCAAGGUUUGGGAACUUGAACGUUGUAGUGUUACAAUGCAGGCAGCAAUUGUCAAGGAUCCUCCUGUAUCUGUUAACCGUGUUAUAUGGAGCCCAGAUGGCACUUUAUUUGGGGUUGCAUAUUCAAAGCACAUAGUGCAUAUAUAUACCUACCAUGGUGGCAGUGAUCUGCGACAUCACUUAGAGAUUGAUGCACAUGUUGGAGGUGUCAAUGACCUUUCUUUUGCACACCCUAACAAACAACUAUGCAUUAUUACAUGUGGAGACGACAAAACAAUCAAGGUUUGGGAUGCAAUCUCUGGCCGUAAGUUAUAUACUUUUGAGGGUCAUGAAGCACCAGUGUAUUCAGUAUGCCCUCAUCAUAAAGAAAGUAUUCAGUUUAUUUUUUCAACGGCCCUUGAUGGGAAAAUAAAAGCAUGGUUAUAUGACAAUAUGGGCUCAAGGGUCGAUUAUGAUGCACCUGGACAAUGGUGCACCACAAUGGCCUACAGUGCUGAUGGAUCAAGGUCUGAUUGGUUAAAGCACUUUCAUCUUUUUUUCUCUGUUUCGGUUUGGCCAUUUGCUUAUAACCUCUUUUCUUUCCGCAGGCUCUUUUCUUGUGGGACAAGCAAAGAGGGAGAUUCAUAUCUUGUUGAAUGGAAUGAAAGUGAAGGAGCAAUUAAGCGAACUUAUAAAGGAUUCCACAAGCGCUCAUUGGGUGUUGUACAAUUUGACACCACUAGAAACCGCUUCUUGGCUGCUGGAGAUGAAUAUAUGAUUAAGUUUUGGGACAUGGACAACACAAACCUAUUGACUACAAUUGAUGCUGACGGCGGUUUGCUGGCUAGUCCACGCCUUCGUUUCAAUAAGGAUGGAUCCUUGCUGGCUGUUUCAACCAAUGACAAUGGCAUUAAAAUCCUAGCAAAUGCUGAUGGGUUGAGAUUGUUGCGCACAUUUGAGAACCGCUCGCUUGAUGUUGCUAGGAUGCCUCCUGAACCUCUUGCAAAGGUGGCUUCGGGAAAUGCACUUGCUAUUGUUGGUGCAAAUCCAGUAUCAACAGCACUAGGAAGUGAAAGAGGGGGCCCUUCUGUUUCGAUGUCUGGACUGAAUGGAGACACCAGAAGUGUCGGGGAGGUGAAAGUCAGAGUGAUUGAAGAAGCAGUAGAAAAGAGUAAAAGCUGGAAAUUGACUGAAAUAUCUGAACCUGGCCAGUGCCGAUGUCAAAAACUUCCUGAUAACUUACCAACAAGCAAGGUUUCAAGGUUAAUAUAUACUAAUUCAGGAGUUGCAAUUCUUGCUCUGGCUUCCAAUGCGGUUCAUAAGCUUUGGAAAUGGCAGCGCAAUGAACGUAACUCUAGUGGCAAGGCAACUGCCAGUGUCCCUCCUCAGUUAUGGCAACCUGCUAGUGGUAUACUUAUGACCAAUGACAUAAAUGAUACAAACCCAGAAGAUGCCGUGCCUUGCUUUGCAUUAUCAAAGAAUGAUUCUUAUGUUAUGUCAGCCUCAGGUGGAAAGGUUUCUCUUUUCAAUAUGAUGACGUUCAAGACAAUGACGACAUUCAUGGCACCACCUCCAGCAGCAACAUUCCUUGCUUUCCAUCCUCAAGACAAUAACAUAAUUGCCAUUGGAAUGGAAGACUCAACGAUUCAAAUCUAUAAUGUUAGAGUGGAUGAGGUAAAAACCAAGCUCAAGGGACACCAAAAAAGAAUAACAGGACUUGCUUUCUCACACGUAUUGAAUGUGCUUGUGUCAUCAGGAGCAGAUGCACAGCUUUGUGUAUGGGGAAUAGAUACCUGGGAAAAGCACAAAAGUAAGUUAUUACAGCUUCCAGUGGGUAGAUCACCCUCACUUCAAGCAGGGACUCGAGUACAGUUUCACCAGGAUCAAAUACAUUUCUUGGCCGUACACGAAACUCAGCUUGCCAUCUACGAAGCAUCAAAACUUGAACGCAUCAAACAGUGGGUUCCCCAUGAUUCCCUCUCCACCCCAAUAUCAAAUGCUACAUAUUCCUGUGAUAGCCACCUAAUAUAUGCAAGCUUCUGUGAUGGUGCCAUUGGAGUUUUCCAAGCUGAAACACUUAAACUAAGAUGUCGAAUUUCUGCCUCAGCUUAUCUUCCUUCCAAUUCCAUCUCUACUGUAUACCCCCUUGUUGUUGCAGCGCAUCCUUCCGAGCCAAACCAAUUUUCUCUUGGGUUGACGGAUGGUAGUGUAAUUGUUAUGGAGCCCCCAGAAUCAGAAGGAAAGUGGGGCACUGGGCCACCUAUUGAAAAUGGGUCAGUGAGUAGCAUUCCUCUUGUUGUACCAAAAGCCGGAACACCAGGUCCAGAGCAAGGCCCUAGGUGAGUGAUGUUAUUUGUUACAAUGACUUAAACGUUGCAACUGUGCAUUCUUAAAUAUUACAGGGAGGUGAUCACAUAUUAAAGGCGAGAUCCUCCAUUUCAAGUUGACCGUUUUCAACUACUGCUUUUGAAUUUGUACAUUCAUCAGAAGCUGUGCAGACUUCCAUGAACUAGAAGCUUCCUAAAUUCCCCUCUUCACUUGAAAAUGUAUUCUUGUUAUAGAUGGGCUAAGGAAGGAGUAGAAAGAGCCUUUUGUUUUUUAUGAUGGCCCGAGUCCUUUCAAACUCUAAGUUGCAUUCAUUCUUUCCACGGGAUCCUUAACCUGCUUGAUCCUUUUAUACAAGGGAAGAAUCUAUAUGUCGUUUAUGCCAUAUAUUCUCUCAAGGCUUUGUACUGUUUAAUUAUUUAGUGUAAGAAUAGAUUUUGGAUGCUACCCAAAUUAGUCAAUAAUUGUACUUGGAAAUUAGGUUCAAUGAGCUGUUUCAUGAAAAGAAGCAUUGUAUUUGUUUCCCAAGAAGACUGGAAUUAGUCCUGUCAGUAACUUGUGCAUACAAAGUGUUACAGAUUUUCUUGUUUACAUGGAUAUUUUGUACAUUGUAUUUUGAGUUUGAAGCAUCAAGAUUUACCAGCCUUUCUUAUGUUUA